AUGAAAGGUAAUGUAAAGAGUAAAAGAAAUAUAUCUCUAUCUGGUUUAAAGAAUAUAGAUAAAAAAUUAGUUAAUACUAUAUUGAAUGAAGUUGUUGAUCAGGGACCAACUGUCAGUUUUAAAGAUAUCGCUGGACAGGAAAUAGCUAAACAAGCUUUACAAGAAAUAGUUAUAUUACCAGCUCUUAGACCAGAGUUAUUUACUGGUUUAAGAGCUCCAGCUAGAGGCUUGUUAUUAUUUGGUCCACCAGGAAAUGGUAAAACUAUGUUGGCUAAAGCUGUGGCUAAUGAAUCCAAUGCUGUAUUUUUUAAUAUAAGUGCUUCAAGUUUAACUUCUAAAUGGGUAAAUAGUGAAGCAGAAGAUAAAAUAUUAGUUAUGGGAGCAACAAAUAGACCUCAGGAAUUAGAUGAUGCUGUCUUGAGACGAUUUGCAAAAAGAGUAUAUGUAGCUAUGCCUAAUGUUGAUACUAGACGUAAGAUGUUAGCUAAUCUAUUAGUUAAACAUGAUAAUCCUUUAACAUCUAGAGAACUAGAUAAACUUUCUAGAGAAGCUGCAGGCUAUUCUGGGAGUGAUUUAACUGCUUUAGCUAAAGAUGCUGCUCUAGGUCCAAUAAGAG